AUGUCUUCUUCCAGAGACGUUCCCCGGAAGUAAAAAGUGCGGUGUCGUGUUUGUUUGGAGGUGGAACUGUCUUCUCGGUUUCUUUUUCUUUCUGUCUCAAAUGGCGAGCUCCGCGGGUCCGGACCGGUUUGGACCGGGACUAGGGAUCACCGUGGGUCUGUUGCUGGUCCUAACGGAGCUCAUCUGGCCUGUUAGCGCCGUGUCGGAACAGGGGAAGUGGAUCGUGAACGUGGACAGUGACACUCUGAAGAGGCAAACAUUCUUCUCCUUCUCCAAAACGCUGUUCAACAACAGUUUUGUCCAUAUUAAAAUUUUAUCAGUAACCUGCAAUUCGUCCUUGCCCCCUGAGCUGCAAGUAUCCUGGUAUCUGAGGAACUCGCACUGUUAUGACGAAGUCUUCAGCAUUCCUACAAAACAGGUAGAAAAUUACUUCAAGUCAAAAGAAGUCAAGCAGGAAGGGGGCAGUGGAUCCUUCAUUUUACACGAGUAUCCUCUGUUAAAAUGCCAGCCAAAUAUGGACCCCAAUUGGUUUAGCUUGGAUUUCCAUAAGAACCAAAUAAAACCACUAAGAGAUCCGACUAAACAGCCAGUUACAGAGAAGCCUUCAGGCAGGAGAAAGAGAGAGGAUGGUUCUCUUCCCAAACCCAAGUCUGCUUCAAGGGACAAUGGGGAUGCUUCUGGAAAUAGUACAAAGGCUCACUUUGAUACAGUAGCACGUAGCUGGGAGGAUGGACCGUACAUUUUCAUCCUAUCCAUCAUAGAGAAGCCAGCUCCCACACCUACAACGUGGAGCAUGCAAUUGCAGAUCAGGAUGACUGGUCCUCACGACUACAUAUCGGCCUCUGAAUGGCCUCUCAUGAUGUUCUACAUGGUGAUGUGCAUCGUGUAUGUGCUGUUGGCGGUGUUGUGGUUGGUUCUUUCAGCAUGUUACUGGAGGGAUCUCCUGAGGAUUCAGUUCUGGAUCGGGGGAGUCAUCUUUUUAGGCAUGUUGGAAAAAGCUGUUUACUACGCAGAAUUCCAGAGCCUGAGAUAUGAUGGUUUAUCAGUCCAGGGGGCGGUCAUGUUUGCUGAGGUUCUCUCUGCAGUAAAGAGGACUCUGGCCAGAGUGUUGGUGAUCAUCGCCAGUCUGGGAUAUGGCAUUGUUAAGCCCAGACUCGGUGCGUUGCUCCACAGAGUAGUAGGAGUCGGCCUGCUCUACCUUAUCUUCUCCAUCAUUGAAGGAAUCCUUCGAGUCAGUUCUGAACGAGGUGAGAACACCAGCCCUAGCCUGUUGUGUGACAUAGCACUGGCCCUCAUUGACUCCUGUAUUGUUUGGUGGAUCUUUGUAAGUCUGGCUCAGACGAUGAAGCUGCUGAGGCUGAGGAGGAAUGUAGUGAAGCUCUCGCUCUACAGACACUUCACCAACACACUCAUCUUUGCUGUCAUAGCAUCUGUCAUCUUCAUCAUUUGGACCACAAAGACCUUCAAGAUGUCUAAAUGUCAGUCUGACUGGAGAGAGCUGUGGAUAGAUGAUGCUUUCUGGCGCUUUUUGUUCUCCUUCAUCUUGUUGGUCAUCAUGUUCCUAUGGCGACCAUCAGCCAAUAACCAGAGGUACGCCUUCAGCCCUCUGGCGGAUGAAGAGAGCGAGGAUGAGGAGAAAGAACCCAUGAUGAAUGAGGCUUUUGAGGGAAUGAAGAUGAGGGGCAUGAAGAAUGAGAAUAACGGUACAGCCAAAACCAACAAAGUGGAUGAAGACCUGAAAUGGGUGGAGGAGAACAUCCCAUCAUCUAUGGCUGAUGUUGCUCUGCCCCCUCUACUGGACUCUGAUGAAGAAACCAUGACAACUAAAUUUGAAAUGUCCAAGAUGGAGUAGAUGAUAGGAGGAAGGAAGGAAGGACGGCUGGAGGGGAUGUGAUGAAGGAAUGGUUCCUGAAAUGCUUUGGAGGACGAGCAAAUAUGUCUAAUAGAUGAACAGGUUAAUGAACUUAACAAAUGACUGGCUGAUCAGUCAGAUGAGUGCACUUAGACAGAGGAAGCAUUGGAUUAAAGAGGCAGCAAGGAGGAAUGUUUAUUUUUCUUUUCUCUUUUUGUGAGAUGACAUUAUUGGCAUGAUUAAUUCCUGAAUUUGUAAACAUUAGAAGCCGUGGUUGCGUAUACACUGGGAAAAACAGCGUGACACACAAUUUAUUUAUUUGUGUUUCUCAUUAUACAGUGUAUUCUGAAAAAUGUAAUGUUAUUGCGGUUCUUUGAGAUGGAGGAGCUAACUUGCCUUUCAUUACAUGUGAAAAUGUGAUUUUACAGCAUUUUGUUUUGUAACUGUUACACAGAUUUCUGUCUCACUCCGGUUGAGUCAAAGUUUUUCUUUUAAAUUGACGGGGGUGCAUAUAUAAAGGGUCUGCACAUGUGUUCCAGCUUGAGUAUGCAACCAUAUUGGUACUUGGCUUCUUUAUGUAAGGCUUUGUUUCUGAGGCACUGUGUAUUUUUAUCUUUAUAUUUUUCCCCUUCAUUCUUGUGUGGAACGGUAUUAAAUUCUACAGUACCAGCUAAUAAUUCAGCCUGAACUUUCCAUGUCCAUUCUUUUUGCAGGAAGUGCUCCAUUAUGAGUAGCACAGACACAGUCUGAAGCUCUUAUUUUCUCAUUGCAGUGUUUUCUGGGAGUUGUGGUUUAUGUUGUUAAGGACAGUUUUGUGGUUUGGACUUUGUUUCAGUGAAGCAGUAUUUUUCAACACUGUAUUUUUACUAAUGAAUUGAGCCAAAGAGUUUAUGUCCACCCCAGUGUUGUAAGCGUUCAAGGGUCCCAGAAGGAGUGAACAUGGACUGUUACUGCAGAAUACUGUCAACGAGAUAGAAUGACUCAAAAUGAUGAUUGACAGGUUGUGGUGCCAUGUGGAAAAGCUUUAUCAUUUCAUCUUCUGGCUCACUGUUUCACUGACAUGUUUUCUUUCAGCACUUGUGAAUAAAAGUGUUCUAAGGCUCUUUUACUACAA